UUACAUUUUUGAUUGUCGAUUGUCGUAGUGCGCCAUUAAAUGAGUUUGUUUCUGAAUUUUUAACAGAAUUUUAAAAUAAGUGUGUAUUCACAUGUCACUUUUUAUAUCGCCCAGCAACUCAAAUGUAUUGACUUGUUGAGGUAUAUUACAAUUCAAAAGGUUUCGAUUUACUCAGUCAAGUGUUGUCAGCAGACAAAUAAUUACCAGCACUCCAAUUUAUCGUAAUUGUUGUAAUUAAAAACGUAAAACAGUACAACCGAGAAAAAAAAACAGGUCGUCAAAAGAUGUUAAUCGAAAUUCGGAAUAUUUUCUUAAUUUUAUGUCUGCUGCAUACCGAUCAUGUUAAUUGUGCUCCAAAAACAAAUGCGAAAAACGAUGAACCGCCCAGCAAUCCGAUGCCCCAGUGGAAUCUUCCCAAUCCCGAACGAGCUGUGGGUCCAUUGGGAGAGGCGUCAAAGGAUUUUUGGUAUGAAAAUACUCUGGCUACAUUGCACCGUCAACUGCAGUUAGACCAGCUCAAUAAAAACGUUGCGAAAAAUAUGAUUUUCUUCAUUGGAGAUGGAAUGUCUAUACCGACGUUAAUGGCUACAAGGAUGUACAUGGGUGGAGAGGAAAAGAAGUUAUCGUUCGAAAAAUUUCCAUAUACUGGAUUGGCUAAAACGUAUUGCGUAAAUCACCAGGUCGGUGACUCAGCCUGUACAGCGACAGCUUUAUUUUCCGGUGUCAAAAAUAAUUACGGUACAUUGGGUGUAACAUCAUCCGUUCAGUAUGGAAAUUGUACGGCUGAGCAGAAUGGCGAUUAUCAUCUGGAGAAUAUUUUCAAAUGGGCACAGGAUUCGGGCAAGGCGACUGGUGUUGUCACCACAACAAGAUUAACGCACGCGACACCAGCAGCUGCGUAUGCUAAGUCGGCCCAUAGGAACUGGGAACAUGAUGGUGUUACGCCAAAGGGAUGCCUUGACCUUGCACAUCAGCUGGUUUAUAGUGAUGUUGGUAAAAAUAUGCAGGUAUUUUUAGGUGGUGGUCGAAACAGAUUUGUUCCAACCGGAAACAAAAAUUCGGUUAAAGGUGGUCUUCGCAAUGAUGAGAGAAAUUUGAUCGAUGAAUGGCUGGCACAACGAUCUAUUACCGGCAGACCUGUAUUCGUAGACGACAGGAAAAGCAUGCUCAGUGUGAAUACAUCUGAAGUUGACUAUUUACUGGGAAUUUUCAACGAUGAUCAUUUGAGCUAUAAUUUGGAAAAACCUGACACAGAACCGGAUUUAAGUGAAAUGGCUUUGGUUGCGAUGAACAUGCUGAACCUAAAUCCUAAUGGCUACCUGCUUCUGAUUGAAGCUGGAAGAAUCGAUAUGGCUCAUCACGAAAACCGUGCACGUAUUGCGCUUGAUGAAACAAAACAAUUGCAUCAUGCAGUGGAUUACGUUAUAAAUCAAGCUGAUUUAAGCGACACACUCGUUAUUGUAACAUCGGAUCACAGUCAUACAAUGUCCAUUGGUGGUUAUCCACGGCGUGGAAACAAUAUUCUAGGCUUAGGCGAUACGUCCACCGAAGAUGGAAAGCCAUUUUUCACAUUGAGUUACGCUAAUGGAAUGAGCCACUACAAACACGUACACCCGAAUGGCACCCGGAUAAAUCCCAAGACGAUGGAUUUUUACCGAACCGAUUUUCAGCAUCCAGCAACUGUGCCGCUGGAUAUGGAAAGUCAUGGCGGAGAAGACGUAGCUGUAUUUGCUGUUGGUCCCUGGUCCCACUUAUUUACAGGCACCUAUGAGCAGAACUUCAUUGCUGAAGGCAUAAAGUAUGCGAUGUGCAUUAGUCCUGGUGACAAAGGCAGAUUUUGCUCAAGUGGUUCGAAGAUAUCACCGAAUAAAGUGUUCACCGUGGCCAGUUUAUCUGUAGUAUUAUUGGUUCUAGCGUUUGUCUAAUCAGAAAAUUUUCUGCGAGAAUUUUCAUUUGUAGUUGAUUUCGUACUCUAGUCGAUUGUUAUUUAAUAUUGUUAAAAUUUCUACCGUACAAAAUGUAAUUGAAAUUCGCGAAAAAUGUUGAAAAUAAAUAAAAAUUAUUUUUUAAACGGA